AUAGAUCCGCAAUCAGAUGAAAGUACAUCUGUGCCAUUCAUUCAGAGUGAGAAAGAUAUAGGUGGGCCCACUCUCACUCUCUACUGUAGUCCAUCUGUUUAUCACACGCAAAAACCCUUCACUCUUUGUUUCGUCUGCCCUUCAAAUUACCAAUCUCUGCUUCUCCAAGCAAAGAACCUCAGUUUCUCUGCGAACAUGUCUCAGGAAGUAAAAAGUCCUCCAGCCUCGACAGAUGAAGAGAAAUCCAAUGUGGCUCAGAGUAAAACUUCAACCGUGUCAAGUUCCGUGGAAACACAAUCAGGGCAGAGAAGAGCAACGCCUGCAUCAGUUGCUGGGAUGCCAAAUCCCUUUGAUUUCUCAGCCAUGACUGGACUACUUAAUGAUCCAAGCAUCAAGGAAUUAGCUGAACAGAUAGCAAAAGACCCUUCAUUUAAUCAGAUGGCCGAACAGCUUCAGAAAAACUUUCAAGGUGCUGCAGUUGAAGAUGGUAUCCCCAAAUUUGAUACGCAACAAUAUUAUGCCACAAUGCAGCAAGUUAUGCAAAAUCCUCAAUUUAUGACCAUGGCUGAGCGGCUUGGAAAUUCAUUAAUGCAGGAUCCAUCCAUGUCCAGCAUGCUUGAGAGUUUAACAAAUCCAUCUCAGAAAGAACAACUCGAGGAAAGAAUGGCCCGUAUCAAGGAAGAUCCCUCGUUGAAACCAAUUCUCGAAGAGAUAGAAAAGGGUGGUCCAACUGCUAUGAUGAGGUACUGGAAUGACAAAGAAGUUCUCCAGAAGUUGGGUGAAGCAAUGGGAUUUGCUGUUGGAGGAGAAGCUGCUGCAUCUGCCGACAAUGCUGCUGGCGAAGACGAAGCAGAGGAAGUAGAUGAAGAGGAAUCCAUUGUUCAUCACACUGCUAGUGUUGGUGACGUGGAGGGUUUGAAGAAUGCGCUAGCAGAUGGUGCUGAUAAAGACGAAGAAGAUUCUGAGGGAAGGACAGCACUGCAUUUUGCAUGUGGAUAUGGAGAGGUCAAGUGUACUCAAGUUCUUCUGGAGGCCGGGGCUAAGGUGGAUGCUUUGGAUAAGAAUAAGAACACUCCUCUCCAUUAUGCUGCGGGUUAUGGCAGGAAGGAAUGCGUGGAACUUCUGUUGAAGAAUGGCGCUGCUGUCACUCUCCAGAAUUUGGAUGGCAAGACGCCUAUCGAUGUGGCCAAACUAAAUAAUCAGACUGAGGUACUAAAGCUGCUUGAAAAGGAUGCGUUUCUGUAAGUUGGGUCCCAUUCGGGCCCAGGUGCAGUUAACAAUCUUGCCAUGUUUUAGUGGGUUGAUUGUUCUCUUGCUGGCUGUAUGGUCUUAACAUUUGUGGGAUUUAUUUAUUAAAUUACAUAAAUUCGAGGGAUAUUGGUCGCUUGUAAUGGAGCUCGGACGAGAGUUUGGUUGAUUUCUGGGCUUGUUAAUGUGGUUCCGGCUGAUUGGUGGCGGGCUUGAUAAAUAAAGAUGGAUAUCAUGUUGAAUUUUGCAGUU